GUGGUGGCGGCGGCGGCAGUACGGUGGGCUACGGAGGGCGCAGCGCCGCGUCCAGCAGGCUGCAUCAGGGCUGCUGCUGCGGCGGCGGCGGCGACGCCAGCCAGGAUGACGACGAGCAGCAGGACCCCGGUCGGCUGCUGAGGUGCAAGGAGCUCCUCAAGACGCUCAAGGAGAACCAACUGGAGAUGCUGCUCAACGCGGUCGAGAGCUACGGCGCCGACCUGGGCUCGUGCGUUCUCGUGCCGCGCCAGCAACGCCCGGCCGAGGACUAUCCUUACGAUCAGCAGCAGCACCACGCCGGCCGGCCGCAUCGUCAUCACAAUCGUCACUUUAAUCAGCGCCGCUAUCGUCAGUAUCACCACCGCUCCAGCAGGCACCACCGCUCGUCCUCGGUCGAGGACGACCAGGAGAGCUGCUGCUCCGCGUCGGAGGACUCCUCGUCCGCGUCGCCGAUGAGAUCGGCGAGGAACGGCGGCGGCGGAGGCGACGGCGUCGUCGCGCCGGUGAGAGGCUCGCCGUGCGACCCGCACCUGCUCUGCUGCCAGAUCUGGCGGUGGCCGGAUCUCGAGCACUCCACGGAGCUCAAGAGACUACCUAUGUGUCAUUCCGCUAAAGAUCCCGUAUACAUAUGCUGCAACCCUUACCACUGGAGCCGGCUCAGCAGACACGAGUCGCCACCACCCCCGUAUUGCCUUAUCGCCGACAGACUGAGACCCGAAGAUCGCGCGCCCAGCGAAGGGGAUCAACGUCGGUGCAGAAACAGCACGCCCCUGCCACUUCCCGGCUCGCUUACCACCAACGGAGAAGGUGAUACGGGACAGAGGGAAUGGUGCACCCUGGCGUACUGGGAACUGGACGGUCGAGUCGGCCGUCUGUAUCCCGUGGAACCAUCGACGGUGAACGUCUUCGACUCCCUUCACGACGGCGACGGCCUCUGUCUGGCGACUCUGGCCGAGAAUCACAAUGCGACGUCCGCGGUCCAGCGUACGCGCAACAAAAUCGGUCUCGGAUUAACGCUCAGCCAAGAAGCGGACGGUGUAUGGGCGUACAAUCGGUCGGAGAACCCGAUCUUCGUCAACUCGCCCACCCUGGACGACCCGGAAUCGAGGACGCUGCUGGUUUACCGGGUGCCGCCGGGUUUCUGUCUCAACAUCUUCGACCGCGCCAAGAUCCUGCAGCUUCCAUACGGCGGCGGUGGCGGUGGCCGGGCCGCCGGCUUCACCGCCUCCGGCCCCGUCGACAUUAACUCCGUCCGCAUCAGCUUCGUCAAGGGCUGGGGACCCAAGUAUUCGCGGCAGGAAGUCACUUCCUGCCCGUGCUGGCUCGAGGUGCUCCUGGCGCCGUGCAGGUGAUCAUCCCCGAGGCUGACCGGGCCGAAAAAAGCAUCGUCAAGUCUCGUCCUCAACUCGCGCCUCUUGCUCCCCCCAUCGUCAUCGUUGUCGUCGUUGUUCUCGGGGAGGAUUGGUGAUAAUGUUACGGCGAGAGAGAAAGAGAGAGACCGUGGCCUUUAGCUCCGUCCUAGCGAGAGCUGUGUUAAUAAUAAAUAAAUAAAAAAAGAACACGUGUGCGUGCGCCGGGGGCGAUUCCCAGCGGCGCCGUGCCCGGGUCGCCCCGACACAACCCCAGCAGUCUUACCAAAGUACACACCGUCGAAGUAAUACGUUUUAGGAACAACGUCGCGUACCGUUUUCGUCGGUAGAACGAGAAACGGGAAUCGAGCGGAGAUCGUCCGCGAGCGUGUUCAUCGAGCGCGUACGAACGGAGAGAUUCACAUCGAGGCUCACACGAAUGGGACUUGAGAUCUUUACGAAGCGUGCGUUUGAGAUUCUCUCCCCCUCAUUUUUUUAAAUUUUAUUCUCUAAUCGUUCAGGCGUCGAUGCUAUUCUCGAGACUCGUGUGAGAAUUUCCGACGGAGGAAGCGGAGAGAGUCGGGGCUUCCGGUAGGUCUAGUCACUUGCGUUUAUGGUCUGCGCGCGCCGGCUCGCGAAUUCGCGCGCGUGGAUUCUGAAUUCAGCAUGGCAGGGAAAAUUCUUAGUCUCGUAAAGAUGAAGCAUGAAGCGAAAAGAGUAACAUCGACGAAACAGAGGAUAGACGUAGACAGAGAGUACCUUUCACGAUGGAUCUUUGAAAAGGAUUUUUUCGGGUAAUCGCGCUCUCGUUCUCGUGUCAGUCGUUCGGAAAAGUUCAAGGAACAGCGCGGAUUCAUCGGUAUGUAGUAACGGACAGGACAAUUCAAGGAAGCUAAAUGACCCGUAACGUAGCGCAGAAAGUAAUCGAACGUGCGGCUGUACCUCGACAAUUAUUCGGUAAGUUACAAACGGGCUUAUCGCAAACUUAUCCGCACGCUCGUUACACUUCGUAGAACUUAUAUUAUUGACGAGAAAGAGAGAAAAACUACUGUUCGACACGUAAACGUUAGUGUAUCUCUCUUUCGUAUAUUUUAACAAUCAUUGCAAAACGAAAUAAUGUAAAUAUUGACCGAACAAUUUUUACUCGUGAAUUUUUAUCAACUCAAAUUCUUAUAAUUCACCGUUUAUUUGAGAGUCAUGCCCGUACAGCAGCACAAGUUCUUUGGCGAGACCUACGUCGCGAGGGGACAGUACUGAAUCGAAUGGCCACGCGAUCGGGUCUAAGACGUGCCACGAGUCCCGGGUGUGCGAUCUCCGAUCGUCGUUCGGUGCUGUACAUACGUAUAGUACAUGUACAUACACUGUGCCUUCCCAGCUUCCCUCCUCGGUGCAGCGCGUACUCUCGGGAGACAAAAGUGCGCCGCGUGCCAAGCUCGUUUCGCACGAAAAAAAGAAAAAAAAAUUACGCCUCCUCCUCGACCGGAGCUUUGUACUACAGUAAUACGAUGUACUGUGAUAAGAGUUCGAAUCUUUUCUUUCUUCCUUUUUUUACGAUUGCGAAGCAAGCGAGACAACAGAGAGAGAGAGAGAGAGAGAGAGAGAGA